AUGCCACCCAAAUCCGACUGGGAGAAAUGGGAGAAGAAAGCAGAUAAUAAGGAGGAGAAAGAAAUCAAAGCCCUCGACGACAGCGACAUUCAGAUCUUGAAAACAUAUGGACAGGGUGCUUAUGCAUCAAGACUCAAAAAGAUCGAACAGGAUAUCAAAGAUGCUCAGAAACGCGUGAACGAGAAACUCGGAAUUAAGGAGUCUGAUACCGGGCUUGCCUCUCCAAAUCUGUGGGACCUGCCAGUUGACCGGCAACGUAUGAACGAAGAGCACGCUCUCCAAGUCGCACGCUGUACUAAGAUCAUACCCAAGGAUCCAGAACUCGCCGCCGCAGCUCGUGCUGUGAACCCCACGGGCGCAAUGCAGGGCCAGAAGGGUGCAGAUGAGCAGGACAAAUAUGUAAUCAACAUCAAGCAGAUUGCAAAAUUUGUGGUGGGUCUUGGUGAUCGGGUGGCGCCGACCGAUAUCGAGGAGGGCAUGCGGGUAGGGGUCGACCGAACAAAGUAUCAAAUACAGAUUCCGCUACCCCCCAAGAUUGAUGCUUCCGUCACGAUGAUGCAGGUGGAAGAGAAGCCUGAUGUGACAUAUUCUGAUGUUGGUGGCUGCAAGGAACAGAUCGAGAAGCUUCGCGAAGUUGUAGAAACACCUUUAUUGUCGCCUGAGCGAUUUGUAAAUCUCGGUAUUGAUCCUCCAAAGGGUGUCCUCCUAUUCGGUCCACCAGGAACGGGGAAGACGCUCUGCGCACGAGCAGUGGCCAAUCGUACAGAUGCAACAUUCAUUCGUGUGAUUGGCUCGGAGUUGGUGCAGAAGUACGUCGGGGAAGGCGCUCGGAUGGUCCGUGAACUGUUCGAAAUGGCCCGGAGUAAGAAAGCAUGUAUCAUUUUCUUCGACGAGGUUGAUGCGAUAGGUGGGGCGCGAUUUGACGAUGGUGCCGGGGGAGACAACGAAGUGCAGCGAACGAUGUUGGAAUUGAUCAAUCAGCUAGACGGAUUCGACCCGCGAGGAAAUAUCAAGGUCCUGAUGGCUACGAAUCGACCUGAUACGCUAGAUCCUGCUCUUCUCCGGCCUGGUCGGUUAGAUCGACGAGUCGAAUUCUCGCUGCCGGACGUGGAAGGUCGCGCAAAUAUUCUGCGUAUUCACGCUCGAAGUAUGAGCUGCGAGCGUGAUAUCCGAUUCGAACUGAUUGCACGGCUGUGCCCUAGUACUACUGGUGCAGAGCUUCGUUCAGUAGCAACGGAGGCAGGAAUGUUUGCGAUCCGUGCACGACGGAAGGUAGCGACCGAACGGGAUUUCCUGGACGCUGUGGAAAAGGUGGUGCGACAAGGCACGAAAUUUUCAAGCACGCCAUUGUACCAGGUCGGUAGUGGCUACACAGCGGACGGAGGUCCUUCGGCGGCGCAGCUGUCACGACGAAUGGAGGAAGUCCGUAAGCAGCCCCCACGCCCGCUCGUCCUCUCCGACCUCCUCUCCUUCGCCGACCCCGUUUCCCCGGAAUCUGUCCUCGCCUCUGUUGGAUAUGUCUUCGCAGAGAUACCUCGCCGUCUGGCUCUGCGCGCCCGUUCCUUGGAAGCACUCCCUUUCAUUGUAGGAAUGAAUCCGUUCAUAGCCCGCACACUGCAGGCAUAUCGUAGGAGCUUCCAGCUCAUGACUUCGUAUCCUCCAGUCAAAACCUUGGAGGAUAACAAACGAUUUUCCGCACAGCUUGAGGCGCUUGUACGAGCCCAUGCAGAUGACGUCCCCACCAUGGCAAAGGGCUUCCAGGAAUGUUCGCGCUACAUGACUCCAGAGCAGAUUAGUAUCUUCCUCGACGAGGCUAUACGUACCCGCAUUUCCGUCCGUCUCAUUGCCGAGCAGCACAUUGCACUGUCUCGUGCUCUGGAGGAGAAUGACAGCAGCAAAGACCAUUUGGGUGUGGUGCACAUGUCAUGUUCACCGCGGGACAUGGUCUCCAUGUGUGCGUCUUGGGUAGGUGAACUCUGCGAAGCCACAUUUGGGGCCCAUCCAGAGAUCAUUAUCGACGGCGACGUAGAUGCCACCUUCGCUUAUGUCCCCGUACACUUGGAGUACAUACUCACUGAGAUUCUGAAAAACGCUUUCCGUGCCACGACUGAACGGCACUUCAAUCGGCACUCCUCUUCCCGCAGUUCAACCAUUCCCCCUGUUGUGAUCACUAUCUCUCCGCCUCCUAUAGGCGGUUCCUCGAGUCCGCGGUUCCUCUCUAUGCGCGUGCGCGAUCAGGGUGGAGGUGUUCAGCCGACGCAUUUAGCCCAGAUCUUCUCAUAUUCCUUUACUACUGCCGGACGCAAUGCAGCGCAAUCAAGCAGCGGGGGCGGAUGGGACGACCCUGAGCUAGGGGGUGGCCCAUAUGCUGCUCAACAUGUUGGUGGCAGCGCUGCCGUUGAAGGGUCAGGUUCUCUAGCAGGCGGUAGUGGCCUCUUCGCGGAAAUGGCUGGACGUGGUGUCCAAAUAGGCAUGGGCACCAUAGCCGGGCUGGGAUAUGGACUUCCAAUGAGUCGGCUGUACGCUAGAUAUUUUGGUGGUUUAUUGGAAUUUGUCUCUCUAGAUGGGUGGGGGAGCGACGUCUUUUUGAGAUUGAGAUGCCUAGAUGGUGCGGGGGAUGUGGAGAUCUAG